AUGGCUCAAUCUCAAGUAUCUAGACUGUACUCCGCCAAUGUCACCCAUUGGGAUCGCAUGGCUCAGGACAUCGACCAGACUCCAUGGGGAAUCGCUGGAAUGAAUAUCUGGAAGAAGCUCCUUCCUCACGUUCUCCAAGCCGCCCCGUUCAACAAAGAAACUUCUGAGGUCAUGGAUUUUGGUUGUGGAAACGGUUUCAACUCCAGCCUUCUCGUUCCCCACUCUAAAUCUAUCCUCGGCGUCGACAUCAGCUCGGGUAUGGUCGACGAGUAUAACCGUAACAUGGAACGAUGGGGAUUAGCUGAGGAAGGAAAGUUCUCCGCCGUACGGGCAGACCUUCAUGAAGACGGGUCAUCGUUUGCGGGUAAAAGAUUCGAUAUCAUUUUUAGUUGUAUGGUGUAUCACCAUCUACCGUCAAUCCAUGUCACCACCAAGACCUUGGCGACCUACCUCAAGCCGGGAGGGUACCUUCUCGUUAUGGACUGGAAGAAGCCUGAAGGUGAACAGCCAAAUUACAGUGACCCGAUCAACAACAUUGUGAAAUUGCCCGGCCUCGACGAAAGUGAUAUGAAGAACGCAUUCGAGAGCGCUCAACUAGAGUUUGUAGGGUAUAACGGGGAAGCUGCAACGAUGGACGAAAUGGUGGGGGAUUAUCAUCUCAAGAACACGGCCUUUGUAUCGUGGGGGAAGAAUGACUCUCCAGCGAGUACUCGGAUGUAA